AUGCAACUCUCCUCGUUCGGCAUGUCGAAAUCGAUGGUUCUCUAUGAUCCGCUAGCGCCCAACUCACCGCGUGUCCAUCGGAAAGCGACAGACUCAAGAACAGUGAUUGGCACCGCAUCGAAUUCGGAGUACGGUAGCCCGCGGAGUGCUCAUCACUAUCGUCAUCGUCCUCCACCACCAGUUCGAGGCUCGAGCCCUCAUUCUGCCCGUCUGCCACUCUCCGUCGCCUCACCACAGCAUAACGGAUCUUUAUACGCUCGUCGGACUCCAGAAGCAGUGUACGCGAAUUUUCGUGGUGAUGCACUGCAUCGAAUACCCGAUGAGAUCACGAUGUCCCCAUCUCAUCGAGAAAAGGGUUCACCAUCGGAUUUUCGAGGCUCGAAUCUAUCAGUUGCUUCAUCGACAGCUUAUAAUUCGUUAGCCGAGAAAUAUGAGGCCGAGUUGCGAAAACUGAAUCGAGAGCUUGAUGGCUAUCGCAAAACGGUGAACAAGUUGACGAGAAAGCAAGAGGAUUACUCGCAAAUUGCUGAAAUGGUUGAUCAACGUUUGUCGCAUUUGGGAAACAAAAUGGAGAAAGCGCAGCUAAAGCCCCAAGAACUCGCGAAACUCAAACAAGAGAUCGAGAAUUUGCGCAAUCUCAGCGCUCGUCUCUCAGCUGACUCGAAAAAGGAGGGAGCUGGCGAGCUGUUGCGUCAUCCAUCGUUGGAAAGUGUCGCCUCACAUCGCUCAUCAAUGUCUUCAUCAUCGAAAAGUUCAAAAACCGACAAAAGCUCGUUGAACAGCUUCAACAGCAAGGGGAAAAAGAGCUGGAUCCGAAGCUCUUUUUCGAAGGCGUUUACGAGAAAGAAAAACUCGAAAAACGGCGGUUUAUCGGAUUCGGACGGAUCGCCGAUGCAUCACCCGUUAAACACGAUAAACGCGUCGAAUUCAAAUCUUAAUGAGCUGGGCUCUGUGGCAACAGUGGUCGAGCUAAAGCGACAACUUCAGGACAGAGAUCAUACAUUGACUGAUGUUCGACUUGAUGCUCUUGAUUGUGCUCGUGAAGUGGACCAGUUACGAGAGACGGUCAAUCGGCUUAAGCAUGAGAAUAAACAACUUCGAGCUGAUAUGUCGCGAUUGGUGUACACAGGACGCUCUCGUACCUCAUCGAAAUCCUCUCUACUCGAUGAUGAACACCUCUACGAGCACUUACAAACUGAUCGAUCGACUAGCUCGAGUAGUAAACGAUCAUCUGGUUGUCAAAAUUCGGUGAAAGUCGUUGUCAAUGUUGAUUUGACUGGUUCAAUUCCGAUUGCUGUUUGUCCUGAGCACGAGAUAACGAUUGGAUAUUUGACUCUACCCGAGCGAGAGACUCGCUGGGAUCAACUUGACGCGCAAAUUUAUGCUCUUUUCGAUGCUUACCUCUGUCGAAUCGAUCCCGAUCACCACCUUGGAUUGCAUUGCUCGGAGAGUGUCAUCGGCUACACGAUUGGGAAAAUUAGUAGGGAACGUGGCUCAAAAGAGUCCUCGAUUCCGCCCUCACAAGUCAUCACAACAACAACGACGAUUCGGCUUUUUUUGAGAGGCGCCUGUCAAUCAGCUGUGGAUUCCCUGAUUCUUGAGUGCCUCUUCCCGCGCUCACUUCUCGAUCAACUCUUGAAGCACAUCGUCACCCAUCGACGACUCGUUCUCUCUGGAGCAACUGGGAUUGGAAAGUCGAAUUUGGCUCGUCAACUUUGUGCUUAUCUCUCGAUUCGAGCUGGUCGUGCGCCGGAUUCAGUGAUCGAGGUCAAAAUUCCCGAUGAUGGCAAAGAUAAACAACUUGUGCAAGUGGAAAGAGAUCUUGAGAAAGCUUUACGAGGCUCCGAUUCCGUGCUUCUUCUUGACAACAUUCCCAAGUCAAGGAUAUCCUUUGUUUCCUCGGUUUUUGACUCGAUUCAACUCUCGACAGAGCAGGGCCCUUACAUCAUUUGCACAAUCAAUCGCGCUUGUCAACUCUCGGAAAUGCAAAUGCAACUACAGCACAAUUUCAAGAUUUUCCUUUUAACGAACAAAAUGGAAGCAGUAAAUGGAUAUAUGGCAAGAUAUCUUCGCCGAAGAAUCAUCGACACUGAAUACCGAACGAAUCGGGUAAUCCCAACAGAAAUUCAGCGAAUCGUUGACUUCUUCUCGAUUGUUCUUUCAGCAAUCAACGAGUUCAUUGAGCGGUCAAACUCACUCGAUGCAACAGUCGGAGCUCGAGUCUUCCUGCAGUGUCCAUUGGAUGUUGAGCAAAGUCGAGCUUGGUUUAUCGAGCUUUGGAAUGAAACCCUUGUCCCCUACAUGAUGAAAGUUUAUCGAGAAGGUGUAAAGAUUCUUGGACGCUGCGGAAACUUUGACGAUCCAACCGAUCGAAUUUGCGAGCACUGGCCGUGGCAAAAUGGAAAAGAGAUCGCGCUGCAGCGAUUACCAAUUAAGGAAGCUCUCUCUCAACCGAUUGCCCGUCAAUCGUUCUCUCCGCUCGACGCCCUAAUGAAGCUCCAAACUCGUCCAUCAUUGUUACAUGAAAAUCUA